GCUGUGUGUGGCAGUUGUCGCGUGGGAUGCAUCCAGUGUAAGGGAGAUGGAGCCAAAGGGUCCGAGAAUAAAUUCCUCCAACAGGUCAGGGUAGAGCCUAUGAACCAGCCCGCGCCCAUGCCCGGACGGGCUAGAGCCAGCGAGACGGUCUCCAAAGACCAACAAGGACCACGGCCUGAUACCGAAAAUCCCGUCCUUCGCCGCCUGGUACGCCAAGCCCUUGCCAUUCUUCAUCCCUCGCUUCAGCCCACAAAGGAGCAGGUCGCAUUCGCGAUUCGCCUUCUUCCACAAAUAGGCCAAGACGACUAAUGGGAGCCAUCAAACCUACCGCCCAGUGCAUGCUUCCCCUUCGGCGGCUGGAAAUCCGAUCUCAUGCCCGUCUUUCUUGAUUACCCCUUGUCAUUUCAUUGUCCUUAGUUUUAAAUGCGAUGUACCUAUGGACGCUUGAAAUAAUAAUUUUCACUGG